CUGACUAGUGCGACCUUCCCUUUUGACCCCAAAGUUUGUCCUCUCUGUUUUCUUCUCUUCUUUCCCUCCCAGUCUUUCUCUCUCUCUCUCUCAAAAAGCUUCGUAGUUUAAAGCACAACACAGAAAAACCCCAAAUUCACGAGCUUUGGUGCUGUUUCUUUGUUUGUGUAAGAUUCUGUGAAAUCAUGUGCAGUGGUUCCAAGAGAAAACCUUCCCAAACUGGUUUAAUAAUGGGGGAUGAGUAUGGAAGACAAGAAGGGUUGCAUCAUGAAAUUUCUGCUUUGCUCGAGUUUUCAGCCGCAGAUGAUGUAAGGGCUUUCAGAGAUGCUGUUGAAAAAGAGGGUCGUGAUUUUGAUGAGGUGGGGUUGUGGUAUGGAAGGAGGGUUGGCUCAAAGGUAUUGUGUUUUGAAGAGAGGACCCCUCUUAUGAUUGCGGCCAUGUUUGGAAGCAAAAGUGUGUUAUCUUAUAUUCUUGGGACGGGUCUUGUUGAUGUUAACCGGGCUAGUGGGUCAGAUGGGGCUACUGCCCUUCAUUGUGCUGUCGCUGGGGGUUCUUCUGCCUCCCUUGAAAUCAUCAAGCUUUUGCUCGAUGCAUCGGCAGAUGUUAGUACUGUUGAUGCCAAUGGGAACAGGUCGUGCGACUUGAUUUUCUCGGUGUCUAAUGGUGUAUUCAAUUCAAGAAAGAGGAUACUACAAGCCAUACUAGAAGGUGCAGAUGGUAUUGAUGAGGCUUGCCUUCCAUUUGAGGAAGCGGUUGGCCAAAUGGAGAAACAGCAACAGCAAGAUGUAGAUGCAUUUCAGGUUUCCAAAGAUGGGACUGAGAAGAAAGAUUAUCCGGUUGACCUCUCUCUUCCAGACAUAAAAAAUGGGAUAUAUAGCUCAGAUGAGUUUAGGAUGUAUACAUUCAAAGUGAGGCCUUGUUCAAGAGCUUAUUCUCACGAUUGGACUGAGUGCCCCUUUGUUCAUCCUGGGGAAAAUGCAAGGCGCCGUGAUCCAAGGAGAUAUCAAUAUAGCUGUGUCCCUUGCCCCGAGUUUCGAAAGGGAUCCUGCAGCAAGGGGGAUGCCUGUGAUUAUGCGCAUGGUAUUUUUGAGUGCUGGCUUCACCCUGCGCAAUAUAAAACACGGCUUUGCAAGGAGACAGGAUGCACCAGAAGAGUUUGUUUCUUUGCUCACAAUGUGGAGGAUCUCCGCCCCGUGUAUGCUUCCACUGGUUCUGCUAUGCCUUCGCCCAGAUCAUAUUCUGUUAGUACUCCUUCGUUGGACCCUUUCACACUGGGUUCUCCAUCUUCCUUGAUACCACCUGCCUCAACCCCACCUUUGACUCCAUCCAGAGGUUCUUCUCCUGCGGGUGAAACCAUGUGGCACUCUCAGUCUCAUGCUACAGUUCCUACCCUUCAGCUGCCCCAAAGCAGAUUGAAAUCUGCACUAAAUGCUAGAGAUGUUGAAUUGGAUAUGGAAUUGCUUGGAAUUGAAAAUCAUAGACUUUUGAUGCAGCAGCACCUAAUGAUGGAGGGGAUGGCUGGUCUUUCAUCACCUUCUAACUGGAAUAACUCCAUGCCUAAUAGUCCAUCAGUUGGUGAUUAUACCGGGGAGUUCAAUAGGCUUGCAGGAGUGCAACCUACUAACCUCGACGACAUUUUUGGGUCUCAGAUACAGUAUCCAGCCAGAAUUCAAGUGCAUCAAAAUGUGAAUCAGCAACUGAGAGGCUAUCCUUCCAACCCUUACAAUUCAAGUGUGAUUGGAUCACCCUCAUUCAGGGUUGAUCCAUCUGGGACUGCAGCCACAAUGCCUUUGAAUCCAAGAAAUGCUGCCUUUGCUAAUCGGAGCCAGAGCUUUGUUGAGCCUAAUAUGGUUAACAUUGAUUCUGACUUUCCUUCUGCUACCUCUACUGCUGCUGAGCCUUCUACCUUCUCUGGUUGGGGUCCCUCUGAUGGCAAGUUAGAUUGGUCCAUCCGUGGCGAUGAACUAAAAAAGCCGAGCAAAUCUUCUUCUUCUGGAUUUUUGAAGCAGUAGUCCUUUUACAAUGGCUACAGCCACUGUGCUACCAAGUGUUGAUGAUCCAGAGGUGUCUUUGCUUCAUUAACUUGUGAACUAUAUAGUGUUGAAGAGCAGCUGCAAUGCUAUAGGCUAUAGCAAUUGUACAUGGUUGCAUGAAUGCAAUGUCAAAAAUGGGAUUGAAUCCUCUAUGCAACACAAGUCUAGUUUAUUUAUUUAAUUAUUAUUAUUUUUUAAUUUCAUAAAUAUUCAUUAUAUAGGCGACAAUUCGUAGAAAUUGUGGUUAAAUGUUUCCCGUGGCAACAGUGUAGAAGUUGGGCAGGAUGCAAGUUUUCUGCUCCGGUAACUACCUUCUAGGGUAUUUGAUUCCAUUUUUUUCCCUUAUUUUUUUAUUUUCCUGUUAUUUGUCGUCAUGCUCUAUUGAGUUGUAACUUCCCAGCAACCAAGAGUGGAACAAAUGCACUGAGACUUCUAAUUUUGAAUUCAUAGCUCGACUUUAUGAAUUA